AUGAGUAUCGAGGAACAAUUUGAUGCUCUAGGUAGGGCUGUUGAUGCUGGUAAGUUCUCUUCCAUGAGUAUCGAGGAACAAUUUGAUGCUCUAGGCAGGGCUGUUGAUGCUGGUAAGAACAGAUAUAAUUGCUUGCUGAUCAGAUACCUUGGACUCAGUAACGAAACACCAUAUGGCAUGAUGAAGUUCCUACAGGUUGCUGAAACAGAUUCUCAGAGUCCCAGGAUAGUGUCUGUGCAGGAUUUCUUUGUGGAGACAACCUGUGCUGGUUUCCACUUCAUGCUUGGUGAUGCUCGUGAAUUCUUCAUGGUCCUAAUUUCUGAUCUUCAUCAAGCAGGGGCCACUAAUGUUCUGCAGGCAUAUCUUGGCAUGGCAAAAAAUAUGAUGUUCAUCCACCUUCGUAUUGAUACACUCUCUCGUCGCCAGUGCCAUUUUUGGAGUGAUGAAGUUAUGGCAGCUUCAAGGCGUUCUCAAGGACUGUGUGUCCCGGCUAAGUCGAAUAUUCAUGGCAUCAAGGUUGGUAUUGGGAAGAACUUGAUGAGAGUCUACAUGGAUUUGGUAAUUGUCAGUGCGGGCAAAACUCAGCGGUAAUGUGAACGAUGCGGAAAUGUUUGAAGUUCGGGGCCCAAAUGAAAUAACUGAAUUCUUGGUUAGUUCUCUUUGGAUUAGGGUGUUCAAUGCCGGACUAGCCUGAUAAUUUAGCCGAGUUUUGCGAGUUAGAGUUGAACCUAUCGAAUUUGCUUUUUUAAACGAGUUUAAAAAAUUCUUUAAGUUCAG